AAAAAUGAAGCAGAGUAGAGAGUGUUCCCAUAUAUUCCUUCUACCUCUGCACACAUUUCUCCCUAUUAACUUUUUGCAUGAGUGUGGCACAUUUGUUACAAUUAAUGAACCAAUAUUGAUACAGUAUUAUUGACUAAAGUCCGGAGUUUACAUUAGGGUUCAUUCUUUGUGUUAUACAGUUCUAUGGGUUUUGACUAUGUAAUCUUUUUUUUUCGGUCUGGUUUAGUGUUAUUUUAAGGUUCAUUCAUGUUUUUGUAUGAUUCACGUUUUGGUUUCUUUUUAUUUCUUUUUUUCCACAUUUUGUUUAUCCAGUUGGGUUGUUUCCAGUUUGGAGCUAAUGUAAAGAAAGCUGCUAUGAGCAUUGAUGUGCAAGUCUUUGAUGUGCAACUCUUUGUGCAGAUGUUUGCUCUCAUUUCUCAUAGGGUGACUGGGAAUGUAAACAAGAAUAAGCUGUUUGUUUCCUAAUGGCUUUUAGCAUAUACUGACAUACUGUUUGUGAUGGCAUCUGAGACUGAGAAGACCCAUGCUUUACUCCAGUCUUGUAGCACCGAAUCUCUUAUUUCCAGCCUUGGUCUGGGCAUUUUCUGCCUAGUAGCUGACAGACUUCUUCAGUUUUCCAUAAUUCAACAAAAUGACUGGCUUCGUGCACUCUCAGAUAAUUCAGUACAUUGCGUGAUUGGCAUGUGGUCAUGGGCAAUAGUCACUGGAAUCAAGAAGAAGACUGACAUUGGAGAAAUCAUUUUAGCUGGAUUUUUAGCCUCUGUUAUUGAUAUAGACCACUUUUUUCUAGCUGGAUCCCUAUCUUUAAAGGCUGCUAUUACUCUUCCACGAAGACCUUUCCUUCACUGUUCUACUGUGAUACCCGCUGUGGUUCUGACCCUGAAGUUUACGAUGCACCUUUUCAAGCUCAAAGAUUCAUGGUGCUUUCUUCCCUGGAUGUUAUUUAUAUCCUGGACCUCACACCAUGUUCGAGAUGGAAUUCGCCAUGGCUUGUGGAUAUGCCCAUUUGGAGAAACUUCUCCUUUGCCAUUUUGGCUUUAUGUAAUAAUCACAUCAUCUUUACCUCACAUCUGUUCAUUCGUUAUGUAUUUCACAGGGACCAGCCAAGUGAUGUCUUCAAAACAUGGAAUUCAUAUUGAUGUCUGAGAUAACCAUAUGGCAGUCUUAAAGAACCAAUGGUUGAGACAAUGACAGCCAACAUUAAAGUGAAUUUAAAAAACAUGUUAGGUACUUAUAUUAAUUAUAAGAUGUAUAAUGAAUGCUAACAUUUCUUUAUUUCAUAUAUUUUCAUCCUGACUGAAGUUUAAUUUGCCAAGUGCUUUAGUGAGUUGUGAUUACUGGCAGAAACUGCUUUCAUGCACUUAUGUUAUAAUAUUCUUAAAAGACAGUAACCUUAGACCUAGGUUAUUGUUUCAGAAAUAACUUUAGGAAAUUAUUAUUAUAAUAUGUUGACUGUAGUAACAUUCUACCAAAGUAGUAUUUUUUCAUUAUCUUUGCCCUCAAGUCUCAUGUGUUGGAGUUUUAACUGUUUUGAAAAACAUAACUAAAUUUAACAAAAUAUUUGUUUAAAAUUAACAUUAACAAAAUAUUGAUGCUUGACUCAUAACCAUAAAAUUCACAAAAAAAGGACCUAACCAAUAAUGUCAUUUCAAAUGUAAACUCCUGAAUGUGCCAUUAAAAUUGUUUUAGUUGCUGUCAGUUUGUUUACAUACUAUUCUAAAAUAUUAACCAGUUAAAUCAUUUUUUAAAAAUUUGCCUGAUACUAAGAGACAAAACUUUUUUUUUUCAAAAAAUAGUUUUAGGAAAUUGGCUUUUUCCUUUGUUCUUUCAGGUUAAUAUUCUAUUAAAAAUGAUUAACCUUUAUUAGAGAAGGAAAAUUGAGUUGCUGUAAGUUUUACAUUUGCACAGUUUAAUAUACUUUGAUAUAACAGUCAGUGCCUCAAAGGCACCUGCUUUUUUUGUAGCAUUUGUACCAGCUGCUGUCUUCAGAUUUUCUUACACAUUUGUGUUUGUAAUGCUGGUGAUUGUGUGCCUUAAUCUCUGAGAAGUGAUUAAACAGUGCCUUAUCCAAAGCAGAUUUUUCUUAUUAAGUUAAACAGAGUUCUGUAAAUUGUUAUAAAGGGUCAGGCUCUUUACUUUUUGUUGUUAACCAAUUGGUUGCAAUCUGUUAUAUUUUAUAAUGUAUUAGCUCUUACAAUGUGUUAUUGUCUUUUGAGAGCAAUUAUUGUCAGUUUAGUUGGUUUAAUAGUAAACAUUAUAUAGUGGGGGUAAAUUUGAUUAAGGUAGAGAUUUUUUAAAAGCAUAUGAUUUUAGAAAUCCCUGGAA